AUGGAUGAAUGUUAUAAAACUGCUUCUAAUAAUAAUAAUCAUCAAAUUCUAUUUGUAAAUUUUUUGAAUGUUGAAACGUCUAUAAGACAGCGUAUAGAGAUAUCUUCAAAUUCGAACACUUCUUUGAAAGCAACAGUCAAAAAGUUGAGGUCUGGCUAUAGAUUUAUUAGGCAUUAUUACGAGAUUCAAAUCAUAAGAAGUAUUCAGGGCAUAGCCUUUCAUUUAGAAUCGUUUCUUGACCAAAAUGUGCAGCGAAUGAAAUCAACAAAACAAUAUCUACCAGCAUUUCGGAAAUUAAUCUUUCUACCUUUUGCUGCUGUUGAUAUGCAAAUUUUCCAAGGAAAACACAAAAUGAAUUGUUCGUAUCCGUUUUUGUUUUGUUCUAGUUAA